CGGAGGAGGUAACAAAGUGUUUAAAGAAGCCAUGAGUUCAACAUUUCCUUCUGACACAACAUCGGAGACAAUAUCGAAAUUGGAAAAAGACCGAACGGCAUUCUUGGACCCUUGGACUUCCGAACUUUCUUAG